AUGGAUAGUUAUGCACAUGGCCACAAGCCAUUAAAUUCCUUCUUCGACCAAGAACGUCUGGCAGGCUACAGACCAGGCGGAUUCCACCCUGUCUCUCUAGGGGAUCGUUUUAAAGACGGUCGCUACCUGAUUCGCCACAAGCUUGGGUGGGGAGGCUUCUCGACGGUCUGGUUGGCCAAAGACAAAAUUCGCGAGGAAUGGGUUGCAGUCAAGAUCCUGGCGGCCCACAGCGGACAAGAAAAGUCGUCCAAGGAGAUAGGCGUCCUGCGGGAAUUGUCUAAAAGCGCCACGAACGGACAACUUUACGUUGUUCAACUAUUGGAUGAUUUUUUCCAUGAAGGGCCAAAUGGACGUCACCAAUGUCUUGUUCUGGAGUUGCUGGGACCAAGUCUCGACAAUGUUAUCAAGAGCUGCAAUGCUUCGAUGUUCGACAGUCCAACUGCAGAUGAUCGCAUUGACUCUAAUGUCAUAUUCCGAGUGUCGAAACAGCUACUCGGGGCCUUAUCAAGCCUGCAUGAAAAGGGUAUCUCUCAUGGCGAUAUCAGCUCACAUAAUAUUGCCUUCACGGCAAAUAACAUAAAGCAUGCUUCGGAGCAAGACAUCUUAGCAAUUAUUGGCACCCCAGUCGUCGAGGAUCUUGUCCGAGAAGACGGACAGCCGGUUGACCCGAGGUUCCCCAAGCACAUGGUAAGGCGGGCGGAGUGGAAUCAUUGGUUGGAUGAGGACCAGGAAGACAUUCGACUGAUAGACUGGGGUGAGUCUUUCCGAGAGGGUGAGGAGCCUGCACGGCUGGCUCAGCCCGUUGACUGCAAGGCCCCCGAAACCAUAUUUGACGACCGGUUUGAUUAUCGUGUUGAUUUGUGGAGGGCCGGGAUUGUUAUAUACCACAUGGUGUUCGGGUACAAGCCUUUUGAGGCAUUUGGAGGGGAUGAGUUCCUUGUGUCGCAGAUGGUUCAUUUUGUGGAAGACGUGCCAGAAGAAUGGAAAGGAAAAUGGCUCAAAAUGAAAGAAGACUCUGACAAGCCAUAUAUUAAGGAUACAGACGAGGUUCCGGAGUUGUCAUGGCUCGAGCAACGCUUUGAUAGUCUUCUGGAAGACCCCCUUGAUCCACCCCUACGCCCGCUGCUACCUGUCAUUCAAGGGCUUUUGAGAUUCCGUCCAUCCGACCGAAUGCUGAGCCUGCUGUUCGAACUGUCUAGAACUGACAAAUGUAUCCAGUCACUGCAGUUCUAG